UUCUUCACUACACUUCAAUCGUUAUCACUUUUUCAGAAAAUCCAAAGAAGAUGCACAAGUCUCUAAUUUCUUAUCAGAGUGUUGCGACUAGUCCGACGAUUUUCUCCGGCGAGUUCGCCGAUGACGUCGAAUGGUGUGAUGGAAACUGGCCGGAACUAGAGUUCCGGUCACCGGAAGACGAAGCUUGGUACGCCGUGGAGGUUUCGGACAUCUGUGACGCUUUGAUGAUCAGCUUCAACGGCUUCUCUUAUGAGCACGACGAGUUUUAUCCGGCGGACGAUUUCAAGAACUCCGACGAGAUUCUAGAGUUUGAAGAGAGGUUUCGAGCUUGUUCUGAGCAGAUGCAAGACGUCGAGUGUCCCAAGGUCCAUGAAGGCACAAAGGUCUGCGCCACGUGUCCUUCCGUCACCGGAGAAGUCAAGUUCUACGACGCUAUCGUCGUUACGGUGGAGAGGACGAAGCAUGAAAGAGACGAGGAAGGGAACGAAAUUUGUGGAUGUGAUUUCAAACUAUUCUGGAAACAAGGUCCUUAUAUUAACCAAGUGACCACUGCGAAAGUUGGAGACAUUUGUCUCAGAGCGGAAGAUAAUCGAAUGAAUCCAAAAGUGGUUUCGUUCUUGAAAGAAGCUAGAAGGAAGCUUCAUGGUGAACCAUGUAACCAAGGGGAAGAGACAGAGUGGCAAAAGAUUCUUGAGAAGGUGAAUUCUGCUAUUCGAAACAACUUUAGUGUUGAUGGUUAGUUAUGUUAUGUUGCUUCACUAUGUAGUGUGUUGCAAAAAAAAAAAAAAAAAAAAAAAACUGAAUACUCUGGUUUGAGGAAGUCUUUUAGUUCAUAUGUAUCAAUCCUUGUUCUGAUUUUUUUUUCUUUGGUUGUUCUUAAAAUCCUUGUUCUGUAAUAUAUAUGCUAGAUUUAAUUGUGUUGAUGAACAUCACAAAAGGUUUUGUAAAUAGAGGCAUAAUUGAUAA